UUUAUUGUUCAUAAUUAUUAUUCAUAGUUUAUAUUAUAAGUCCUUUAUAGUCAUUUUACAUAACCUCUCAUAUUAAAAAUCACUUUUAAUAGUUUUUCAGCCAAACACUCAACUGCUUUUUUUGAAAAGUACUUCUCUAAAAGCUCAAGCCAGAAGCUGCUUCUGCGAAAGCUACAGCAGGGCCAAACUGAGCUUAUAUAGUCUCCGGUCAUGGCUCCGGGUAGCGGUAUUUAGAGGUUUAACUACGGUAUAGUAUUUUGCUUCUUUGUUGAGACACUUCCUCUUAUCGUUAAAUUUUUGAUGGUUUGUUUCUUAAUCCUUGAGGUUUCUCAAUACUUGUUUUCUUUCUUUGUUCUUUUGGUAAUUUUGUUUGUUUUUAUCACAUAUGAGUGUAGUUACAUACUCGUUCACUUGUCAUUUCAUUUCCUGCUUUUCGUUGUCACAAUAUAAAUUAGAAAACACAAAAGGUUGUGAGGAUUGAUGAGGUUUUUUUUUUUCUUCUUCUUUCUGCAGGGCGCUGUAGGCAUAGCAUACAGUUAAGAGUCAGAGACAAUUUAUUUGAGCAGUAUAUACUAUAUAGACAAAAUAUAUUCUACUACGAUUUUUUAUUAUCUAACAAUUAUUAGUUUUGUAUUAAUUAUUUUAAUUAAAUUCAUUUCAUAAAAGAAAACAAUCUUAUAUAAAAUUUUUGAGUCCGCCGACACUCUAUCCAAACAUCCAAAAUGCUAACCUACGCGGAAAUCCAAUGCUUUCACAAAAGCCGCCCCACUUGCCAGUUGCCACCACCAACUGUUGAAUGUUCGCGCAGGCCAUUUUGACCAGAAAUAUCCCGCGCCUGUGGUAUAAUAUCUUAUAUGGUAAGAUCGGAUUGUACUGGAUAACUGGAUAAUUUAUCUACUAAUAACAAACUUGUCACACCUUCCACUCACCCUAUAUAAUCAAACCAGAAUUUGAUUACAAAUUCGAACACCCCACUUUCUCACUGUACACCAAGCUCCCUCCAAAACUCAAAAAAAUGGCACCACCAUUACUAUUCCUCCUCUCAUCCUUCUUCGUAAUAAUCCCACUCUUCCCCUCACUUUCCCAAGCCACCGUCCCCGCCUCCGCCCAGUUCUCCUACACCAACGCCGGCGAAUUCGGCCCCUACAUCGUCGAAUACGACGCCAGCUACCGCAUCCUCCCGAUCGCCAGAACCCCGUUCCAGCUCUUCUUCUACAACACCACCCCGACCGCCUUCACACUCGCGGUCCGGAUGGGGAUGCAGCGCUCCGAGGCCACGCGCCGCUUCGUCUGGGAGGCGAAUCGGGGCAACCCGGUCGGAGAAAACGCCACCUUCUCUUUCGGGUCGGACGGCAACCUCGUCCUCGCCCACCAAAACGGCACCGUCGCGUGGGAGUCGGCCACGGCCAGAAGCGGCGUCGUUCGGUUCGAGAUGCUCCCGACCGGGAACAUGGUCCUGUACGACGCCGUGGGCAGGGUGGUGUGGCAGAGCUUCGAUUACGUCACGGACACGCUCCUCGUCGGGCAGUCUCUCCGGGUCGGGUCCAAAUUGGUGAGCCGGGCUUCCGAGAGGGCGAACGAGAAUGGGCCGUAUAGUUUGGUCCUCGAGCCCAAUAGGAUUGCUUUGUACUACACUACCGAAAAUACCCCUAAACCGUACCCUUACUUUACCUUCUUCGACCUCAGUCAGAGUCAGGGGACACUGGAGAAGAUCACGAUGAAUCCCACGUUAGGGUUCGAUUACGAGGUGAAGAACGGGUACAACGGCACCGGCGGGGGGUUCAAGAAUCCGAGGUACAACUCGACGCUGUCGUAUCUCCGGCUGGGAAUCGACGGGAAUUUGAGGAUUUUCACGUAUCUGAUCACGUUCGAGGAGUCGGGGUAUGAGGUGCAUUACUGGGAGAAUACGGUGACGUUUUUCUCCGAGGACGAUUGGUGGGCGGAGGAGACCAAGUGCCAGCUCCCCGGCCGGUGCGGGGAGUUUGGUGUUUGUCGGAACAGUCAGUGCGUCGGGUGCCCGUCGGCGAGUGGUGGGUUGUUGGGUUGGUCGGAGGAUUGUCGGGCGCCGGAGUUGGGUGCUUGCGGUAAGAAGGGUGGGUUCAGGUACAUUGAGAUGGCCGGAAUUGAUCAUUUCACGGCGAAGUAUUCGAGAGGGGACGGUCCGGUGACGAAGGAAUCGUGUGCGGGGAAGUGCGGCAAGGAUUGUAAGUGUAAAGGGUAUUUUUAUCAUACGGUUUCGAGGAGGUGCUGGAUUGCUUACGAGCUGGGGACGAUGACUCGGGUUGAUAAUUCGACUCAUUUGGCGUACAUCAAGGCGCCUCUGUAGAUAAGCCGGUGAUGGAGAGGGGUAGCUUUAUGCCCUUUGGCUUUGGAGGAAGCUCUGGCGCUAAAGGGUUAUGGAGCAGAUUGUGUGUUUACUCUAUCUAAUGUUGUGUUGUAGACUUGUAGCACCCCAAAUAAAAUGAGUGUACCAUGGGUAUGAUUCAAUAAAUUAGUGUCUAGAUACACCCUGGUUAAUGGUUAUGGUGCUCAUCUCUAAAUUGUGCUCACAAGAAUGUCCGCAUACACUUAGUCGAUCGUGGGAGCAUCCUAUAAACACGUUCUUACAAAAUUGUGAAAUUGUGAGAUGACAGAGUACAAUGUUUGAACGGAACUGGAAAUCGAUAAUGUAAGAAAAUAUAGAACACACGAAUUUACGUUUUACACUAAUACGAUGUGUGUUGGCCUAAUCCACAACAGGGAAGAGUAGUUUCACUACUCAUGAGAAUAUAUGCAUAUUAUAGAGCGAUUGAGAAGGUAUAUAAUAACACUUUAUUCAUACG